AUGAUCUGUGGAGCUGAUGGCCCAAAAUCGUUUACGCUAUUACCCGAGGCGUUAAUUCUAAGCAAUGUUGCUGUUUCCCCCGACACCAUCACCUUCGAUCAAAAUAAUGAGCGAUUCUCUUUCGUUUUCACGUUUGAGGAUGAACGCAAACUUCAGACAUAUAGCUGUUCUUUUGAGGAAGUUAUUGUUCUAAAGGCAUCCACUAUUGAACCCUAUUUUCAUGUUUUUAGCCUGAAGUUGAAAACUUCGGCAGCUCUACCUUUGUAUGAUUUAAUGAAACCCAAAAUUGUAAACAGCAGAGGGUUCGAUCCAGAAAUUAUUCUAACUUUAUGUCUCUCGGAAAGCGCUUUUGAUAUCGUUAUCGGUAUUUUCCAGCAAUCUAUCCAUUAUUGUGAUGUCACAGAUGCUCAUGUAUUCCUUACCUCUCUUGGAAAUUUGUAUUCCCUACUCUUGUAUAAAAAAGAAGACCCGGAUCUAGAGAACGAUGCUGUUGAGGUAGAUGUUCUUCCUGAUCUUCUUGAAUGCUCUAUGCCAGAGCAAUCAGAAAACACAUGUGAAAAUAUUUCCAUCUCACCUAUUUCUUCGAUGUCUCCUAUAAAACUAAGAGCUGAAGUAUCAUCAGAACCAUCUAGUCCGACAUCUUCUCCUUGUCCUACAGAAGUUAUCGAGCAACAUAUGAUUUCCUCUACUGUAGAAUUAGAUGAAACUGAACAAGCUAGCAAGUACAGUAGCUUGAAUUCCAGCUUCUGUUUCGAUUCUGAAAGUCAGGAAGAUGUGGAAGAUGCGGAAGAAAUAGAUAUUGACGAGCUCCCAGAAGAGUCUAAAGAUUGGAGUAUUGCGGACGAAGUGCAGGAGCAGCAAGAGAAAACCCAAAACUGUGAUGAAAAACAGAUUGAAAAUAAGGAAAUUCAUAAAUCGCCCACACCUGUUCAGUUGCUUCCUCCAGCUCAAACUCCUAAAUCGAACGUCGUACUCACCAAGGGACAGCCGAUAGUCAUAGAGGAGUUAUCCAGUGAUGACGACGAAACAGAGGAGCAACCUAUGGGAGAUUUACAACUCAAGUUUGUGGAUGGUUCAGUAUUCAUUUUUCCUCGAGAGUCGUUCGAGAAGAACAUCUGUCCAAACUCAUGGUUGAAUGAUAUCAUGAUCGAUUUCUUCAUGGACUGGAUAUCAAAGGAGUGUUUAACAGAUGAAGACCGGAGAAAUGUACAUAUUUUUCAUACUACAUUUUUUACAAAACUAUUGCGUUUAAAAAAGAGCAUCGGGAUCCCAUCCAAUGGCACAAAGGCUCAAAUUGACCAGCAUAUGAACUUUCUGUUUAAUAGGUUAUAUCCAAUUAGGAAAAACCAGAUGAAAAUUGACUACCUUCAGAAAGAAGUUCUAAUGAUACCCGUAUUCUGGGAAAAUCAUUGGUUUGUCGCUGUGCAUGUUGAACGGGUCAAACAAACUGCUUUCAGGCUUCUAGCUAUGAUACAUGGUAUGCACAAUUUAGUCAAAGAUCAUCAAUCUGAACAGAGGUGCCGUAUUAUCAUUGUUGACAGCAAAAUGAAAGAUCCGCUGAAUGCACACAUCCUACCAUCUAUACACCAGCAGAUUUUUGAACUGCUCAAGGGAUAUGUUCAACUCAUUGUUUAUACGCAGUUCAACACCUUUCCUACAUCUAAAUUCACAUUCAUACGAUGUCAUAAUCUACCGGAUCAGAGAAAUAGUUAUGAUUGUGGCCUAUUCUUAGUCAGAUAUAUAAAGACGUUUUCAUUAAGCAGGGAUUUCUUGAAGCUUGAUGACAUUAAAUUAGCCGGAAUCCGGGUGCCUCAGUCAGACACAGCAUUCCAACUAAAGAUUGACGAAGAUCGUUCGCAAAUGAAACAAUUAAUUGAGGAACAUUUGAUUCGCUGA